UAGAAAUAAUUAUAAAAAAGUAUGGUUUGGGUGGGUUUGAAGUAGAGCUAGAAGCCCUAGAAAACGCCGGGUCGAGUAAUCGAUUCGAUUCGAGUCGACCCUUUUCCAACCCAGCCAUCCCACUCGCCACUCGCGAUUCCAAACGAUCCCGCCUCGUUCUUCUCCGAUUUACCAAAAUUUCAAUUUUUUUUUCCCACCAACCUGACCCUGAAAUCCCUAAAAUUGCCAUGAGAAUUUCCGUUUUCGAAUGCAUCGAUCAUCAAAGAUUAGCCUCCCCAGUCCAAUUUCCGAUGACCCACCGCCUAGAUUUCUCGGGCAUGCCAAAAUUUCAUUUGGGCGUUAGGGCUCUCUGAUUCAGUUCUUGGCCUUGUAAUAGAAUCAAGAAAGCUUGUGACAGCAACAGAUGUCAUUGCCGUUUGUCCCGUUUGUUUGCAUCGACUAUGGAGCAAGCCAAUGAGAUCAGGGCAAUCUGUCAUUCAAGUUCCUGAAUGAUUAGAACUGAUGGCCCCAACUCGUUCCUCUGGACUUGUUGACCCUGGAUGGGAGCAUGGAAUCGCUCAAGAUGAGAAAAAGAAGAAAGUUAAAUGCAAUUACUGUGGAAAAAUAGUGAGUGGUGGAAUAUACAGAUUAAAGCAACAUUUAGCACGAGUGUCUGGAGAAGUCACUUACUGUGAUAAGGCUCCUGAAGAUGUAUAUCUGAGAAUGAAAGAAAAUUUGGAAGGAUGCCGUUCCAAUAAGAAACCAAGGCAUUCUGGAGAUGAUGGACAAGCAUAUUUGAACUUCCACACCAAUGAUGAUGAAGAGCAGGAGUUGCAUGUUGCAUAUAGGAGCAAAGGAAAACAAUUAAUGGGUGAUAGGAACUUAGGUAUGAAGUUGACUCCUCUUCGCUCGUUAGGAUAUGUUGAUCCUGGGUGGGAGCAUUGCAUUGCUCAGGAUGAGAGGAAGAAAAAGGUGAAAUGCAAUUAUUGUGACAAAAUAGUUAGUGGGGGUAUUAAUCGAUUUAAGCAACAUUUAGCUAGAAUUCCAGGCGAAGUAGCACCUUGUAAACAUGCUCCAGAAGAAGUGUAUCUGAAGAUAAAAGACAACAUGAAAUGGCAUCGUACUGGCAGGAAACAAAGAAGACCUGAUGCUAAGGAGAUCUUAACUUUCUAUCCACAGUCAGAUAACGAGGAUGAAGAAGACGAGCAAGUGGAAGCUGAUCUGCAUCUUAUAAGAAAGGAAAGACUGAUUGAUGCUGAUGGAAGAUUGGGCAAAGAUCUGAGAAAGACUUUCAAGGGGGUAUCUCCAAGCACUGUUUCUGAACCAUUAUUAAAAAGAUCGAGACUGGAUUCCAUUUUUCUGAACACAUUUAAGGGUCAAACCCCAGAAUCAUUCAAGCAAGUAAAAGUUAAAACAGGGUCCAACAAAAAAUCCCGCAAGGAAGUUAUUUCUGCCAUUUGCAAAUUUUUUUACCAUGCAGGAGUUCCUUUACAAGCUGCAAACUCUCUGUACUUCCAUAAGAUGCUGGAAUUGGUUGGUCAAUAUGGUUAUGGGUUGGUCGGACCUCCAAGUCAACUAAUAUCUGGUCGAUUUCUGCAGGAGGAAAUUGCAACCCUUAAAAGCUACCUGGUUGAGUGUAAGGCUUCUUGGGCAAUCACUGGUUGUUCUAUACUGGCAGAUAGUUGGAGAGAUACACGUGGUAGGACAUUAAUUAAUUUUUUGUCUUCUGGACCAAAUGGCAUGUACUUUGUUUCUUCAGCUGAUGCCACUGAAGUAGUAGAAGAUGCUUUUAGUUUGUUUAAGCUACUUGACAAAGUGGUGGAAGAGAUUGGUGAGGACAAUGUGGUGCAGGUUAUCACUCAGAAUACUCCCAGUUAUAAAACAGCUGGGAAGAUGCUUGAAGACAAGAGAAGGAAUCUAUUCUGGACCCCUUGUGCCACAUAUUGUAUUGAUCAGAUGCUUGAAGACUUUUUGAAGAUCAGAUGUGUAGGAGAGUGCAUGGAGAGGGGUCAAAAGAUUACAAAGCUUGUUUACAACCAGAAUUGGUUGUUAAAUCUUAUGAAGAAUGAAUUCACUCAGGGACAGGAGCUUUUGAGGCCAACUGUUACCCGAUCUGCCUCUAGCUUUACUACCUUACGAAGUUUGCUGGACCACAAAACUGGUCUUAGAAGAAUGUUUCAAUCAAUCAAAUGGAUUUCAUCUCGGUGCUCCAAAACAGGUGAAGGUAAAGAAGUGGAAAAAAUUGUAUUAAAUGCUACGUUUUGGAAGAAGGUACAGUUUGUUAUGAAAUCAGUGGACCCAGUUAUGGAAGUUCUUCAAAAGUUUGAUAGUGGUGGCAGCUUAUCAAUGCCCUCUAUAUAUUAUGAUAUGUACAGGGCAAAGCUUGCUAUUAAAUCCAUUCAUGGCGAUGAUGCACGUAAAUAUGGACCAUUCUGGAAUGUCAUUGACAAUCACUGGAACGUGUUCUACCACCCUCUAUAUAUGGCUGCUCACUUCUUAAAUCCAUCAUGCCGUUACCAUUCUGAUUUUGUGGCGCAUACGGAGGUGGUCCGUGGACUUAAUGAAUGCAUUGUUAGGCUGGAGCCGGACAAUGCAAGGAGGAUUUCUGCAUCUAUGCAGAUCUCUGAUUACAAUUCUGCAAAAGCUGAUUUUGGAACUGAAUUGGCAAUUAGUACAAGAACAGAGCUUGAUCCAGCUGCAUGGUGGCAGCAACAUGGGAUAAGUUGCUUAGAGUUGCAACGAAUAGCUGUGCGAAUUCUAAGUCAGACUUGCUCGUCGUUUGCUUGUGAGCAUGACUGGAGUUUAUUUGAUCAGAUAUACAACCAGAGACACAAUCGUUUAGCACAGAAAAGAAUGAAUGACCUUGUUUAUGUUCACUACAACUUGCGACUGAGAGAACGCCAAUUAAGAAAAAAAUCCAACAGUUCUAUCUCACUUGACAGUGUACUGUUGGAACGGUUGCUGGAUGAUUGGAUUGUAGAAGAAGAGAAAAAAGCCUUGCUAGAAGAUGAGGAAAUCCAUUGUAACGAAAUGGAGCAGGUGGAAACAUAUGAGAAUGCUAUGAUAUAUUAUGAAGAUGGAAGCAUAGAAACAAGGAAGGUAAGUGUUGAGGAAGUAACUUUGGGUGAUGUAAACGUCAAUGCUGCAAAUGCUGGUGUGGACUCUGAUGAUGAUGCUGAUAUUAACUUUUUUGAAGAUGAAAUGAGUGAUUAAAUCAGGGUGUCGAACUCAGCUGAAAACACCAAGUAUAAUCACAUGUGGAUAGCUGCUGUAAUUGAUGUAACUUUUUAUGUCCAAAUUACCAUUUUGCAAAGCUUGCCAUUAUAAAUACCGGAAGAGUAUAUUAAAAUUUCUUCAUGUUUUGCCA